UGUAACAAGACAAAAUGAUGAUACAAAUGUUACAUGUAUAUAAUAUUUUGUUUUUUUAUAAAAAAAAAAGAGUAGUAAUGUAAUAUAUAUUAAAUUAAAUUUAAAAACGAACCUACACAAAGCGAAUAGUGAUGCGACCGUUCGCUUGGCAUGUCAAGUAAGUAUAUCGUAACCAUAACCCGACCCGGUUUCAUGAACGAGUGAUAAAUAGCCAAGUAAUCAAGUUCCAGCACACGUAAGCCACUGUAAGACAACAUGGGCCCUCGCUGCCGUCUCUUAACUCGACCAAGUGUCACCGCAUACCAAAGAGCUCUCCGUUAAGAAAACCGACUGUGUUUUUCUUUUAAAUAAAUGAAGACUUAACGCCGUUAAAACCUUCACUUUCCUCCACGUAUAAAUACGUACACAGAGGAGCACUUGUCUGCUCUCUCUUUCUCUUCGACAUACAAAACAAAAUAUCAGAGCUCCGUUUCAGUUCUCGGGUGACCCGAUAACCCGAACUUGUCGUCCUGUUCUUGAAGAAAAUUAUCUGUUCGCAUUGAGUUGUAUUGCUUCGUGAGUGUGAAGAUUUAUAUUGAGAAUCUGAUUCUGUUUCGCUACGAAGCAGACAUUUCAGGCUUAGACACAGAGCAAACCCCACUCGUGCCGGCUAUCACAAUAGAGUAAACCUUAAAGAGGAAAUAAAAGCAGCAGCGCUCUCUAAGCAAACACGCAGAUAUCGAAACAAAGGGCUGAAAAGGCAAACAAAGAGAGAACACAAAAGAUGUUUAGUUGCAUAGCUUGUACGAAAGCAGACGGAGGUGAGGAAGUCGGUAAUGGAGCACGUGGAGGCACCACUCCCAAUACUAAAGAAGCCGUCAAAAGCCUAACCACACAGAUUAAAGAUAUGGCUAUAAAAUUCUCUGGUGCCUAUAAACAAUGCAAGCCAUGCACUGGUUCCACUACGAGCCCCAUGAAGAAAGGACACCGACCGUUCCCAGAUUAUGACAACGCUUCUGAUGGUGUUCCGUACCCUUACAUGGGUGGAAGUGCCGGCUCAACUCCUGCUUGGGACUUCACAAACUCCUCUCACCAUCCAGCCAGACGAUCAGAAGCAAAGUUCACUUCAGUCUAUGGAAACGAUCGGGAAUCUAUAUCUGCUCAGUCUUGUGAUGUGGUACUAGAUGAGGAAGGGCCUAAAGAAUGGAUGGCUCAAGUAGAACCAGGUGUCCAUAUCACAUUCGCAUCGCUUCCCACCGGAGGAAAUGAUCUUAAGCGGAUCCGCUUUAGCCGAGAGAUUUUCGACAAGUGGCAAGCUCAACGGUGGUGGGGUGAGAACUAUGAAAAAGUCGUUGAGCUUUACAAUGUACAGAGAUUUAACCGCCAAGCUCUUCAAACUCCUGCAAGAUCCGAGGACCAGUCACAGAGAGAUUCAACUUACUCAAAGAUGGAAUCAGCGAGAGAGAGCAAAGACUGGACACCAAGACACAACUUCAGACCUCCAGGAGUUAAUGUGCCGCAUCAUUUCUAUGGUGGCUCUAGCAACUAUGGUCACAAUGGAGGACCUCUGAUGGAUGCAUCACGAACCACCACUUCCUCGAGAGAUGAGGCACCGUCCAUGAGCAAUGCUAGUGAAAUGCAGGCUGAGUGGAUUGAAGAGGAUGAGCCAGGCGUUUACAUUACUAUCAGACAGUUAGCAGAUGGGACUAGAGAGUUACGUCGUGUCAGAUUCAGCCGGGAACGAUUUGGGGAAGUGCAUGCAAAGACGUGGUGGGAGCAGAACAGAGAGAGAAUACAAACCCAAUACCUCUAGUAACAGAGAAAUAUGAGGGUUUUCAUAAUCUUUAAUUAAAAAAUUAGUUAAUCUCCAGCACACAACAAUACAGCUAUACACAUUUUGGUUAUCUUGUUUUAUCUUGGCUUAAUAUCUAUACAUAAAUCAAUCAUC